AUGAAGAUCUUCCGGAAACAUCUGUUCCUUUGUACAUUAAUUACAUUACUCAAUGGAAAUGUAGCAGAUAAAUCUUCUUUUCACGAUGAUACACUGAUGCAAAAUGAAAAUUAUAAACAAAACGAUAAGUCUAUUAAUUACAAAUUAUCAACAAUUAUCAAACCCAUUUCAUAUGAUAUUAAGCUGAUUCCAAAAUUAAAAGAUGAUUUUAAAUUUAAGGGCUAUGCAACAAUUACAGCCUUAGUAAAACGCACAACUAAUCAUGUUACGUUGCACGUGGGAAAUAUUGAAAUUGAAUCAGUGUCUAUUAACUCAUAUAAUAAUAAAAGAUUUUCUUAUAAAUAUGACAAUGUUACUGAAAAGUACACUAUCAGUAACCCAAAACCUUUUAGAAAAGGUAAAAUUAUACAAAUUAAUUUUAAGUACAAUGGAAUUUUAACCGAUGAUAUGAUUGGAUUUUAUAAAAGUUCUUACUUUGAUGAAAACGAAGAAAUAAAAUGGCUGGCUACGACGAAAUUUCAAAAGAUAUAUGCCAGACAUGCUUUCCCAUGUUUCGACGAACCAAGUCUUAAAGCUAAAUUUACCUUUCAUAUAGCAAGAGAUGAAAAUUAUAUCUGUCUUAGUAACAUGCCAUUAGCAAAAUCUGAAAAAGCUCCGGACGGCAAGAUUUGGGAUACUUUCGAAGAAACCGUUCCGAUGUCUUCUUACACGGUGGCUUUCGUCAUUUCGGAAUUCCAGUCUCUCAAAAAGGAUAAUUUUACAGUGUGGGCCAAACCAUUUGUUAUCAAUCAAGCUAAAUACGCUUUGGAUAUUGGCGCUGCAGCUCUCAGAGUGUUCGGUGACACGUUUCAACAAAAAUAUGAUCUUCCUAAAAUGGACAUGAUAGCCAUACCUGAUUUCAUAGCAGGGGCAACGGAAAAUUGGGGAUUGGUGACAUAUCGAGAGAGUCAAAUGUUGUACGAUGAAAAGGAAUCGUCGGCAUUGGCACAACAGACUGUAGCUACCACAGUUGUUCAUGAGCUUGCGCACAUGUGGUUCGGAAAUUUGAUAACACCUGUAUGGUGGAGUUACUUUUGGAUCAGCGAAGCGUUCGCCACAUAUUUUUCGUAUUUCGGUACCGCGGAGAUUGAACAAUCAUGGAACAUGAUGGAGCAAAUUGUGGUGGACGAACAUCAAUCUGCAUUAAUAACAGACGGUCUUGAAUCUGCUCCUCCGAUGACUCGAAAUGCUCUUACUAAAACGCAAAUUGAAAACGCAGGAGGUACUAUUACUUAUGCGAAGGGAGGCAGUAUUGUUCGUAUGAUGAGCCUCACGUUCGGAAUAAAUGGUUUCGUAGCCGCAUUACAAGACUACAUACAGACUAACAAAGAGGAAGGGUUGGGUCAUCCGGAUGCCUUAUGGAAAGCAGUACAGAAUCAAGUAGACAGAGAACAUUCAACAUUUAACUAUCCUGUAAAAACAAUAAUGGAUUCUUGGACAACGAAAGCCGGAUACCCUGUUGUAUCAGUUAACAUUAAUGACGACGGUGUAGCAAAUCUUACUCAAGAACGCUUUUUCUUGAGAAACUUGAAGAAGACCCCUACGAAUGUUACUUGGUAUAUUCCGCUCACAUUUGCAACACAAAGUAAUCCAGAUUUCAGUAAUACAAUUCCGAAAUAUUGGUUGGAUAACGAAAAAACCACUGCAGAGUUCAAAAUUAAUCCGGAAGAAUGGGCCAUAUUUAAUGUUCAAUCAUCAGGUUUCUAUCGUGUAAAUUAUGAUGACCGUGGAUGGCAACGUAUUUUCGAUUUCUUGAAAAGUGACAAAUUUGAAGAAAUUCAUGUAUUAAACAGAGCUGCAAUUGUAGAUGAUCUCUUAAAUCUGGGUAGGGCAAGAUAUCAAAAUAACGAAUUGGUUCUGGAUAGACUGCUUUAUCUUAAAAGAGAAACGAAUUAUUUGCCAUUUAAAGCGGCAUUUAAUGGCUUGGAAUACUUUAAUAAGCGAUUCACAGAAUCUACGGAACAUGAUUUAUUUAAGACGUAUAUCCUGUCCCUUAUCAGUAAUAUACGUAGCGAGCUAGGAUAUGAGGAUCGCGAACAUGAUGACAGAUUAACAGUUUUAUUGCGGCAAUAUGUAAAUAACUGGGCCUGCAAGUUGGACGACGAAGAAUGCAUAACUAUUUAUACAAAUAAGUUUAAAAAAUGGAAAGCAAAUGCUUCUGACCGUAUCAAUUCGAAUGAGAGAACUACAGCAUAUUGUGUAGCUAUAAGGCAUGGAACUUCUGAAGAUUGGGAAUUUUUAUGGAACGAAUACUUCAAUUCCAAUUAUGUGGCGGAUCAAAUGGUGAUUCUAAAAGCUUUGGGAUGCAGUCAGAAUACCACCAUUUUAGAAAAAUAUUUAAAAUAUGCUAUAACUAGUUAUGAGAUCAGUCGAAUUCGAAAUCAGGACAGCAGGAGCGUGUUCGCGGCCGUUUAUAACUCUGGCUUGCUUGGCGCUGAAUAUGUUCUUGAUUUUGUUGAUAAAUAUCACAAGGAAAUUGAGAAAUAUUCAGAUAUAUCGACGGAAAGUGAAGACAAACAAGAUGAUGAUCCUAUUGAUUACAGAUUACCAACGGAUAUCAAACCUAUUUCAUAUGACAUUAAGCUAAUUCCAAACUUACAAGAUGAUUUUAAAUUUAAAGGCUAUGCAACAAUUAAAGCAGUGGUAAAACGUGCAACUAACAAUAUUACGCUGCACGUGGGAAAUACGAUCGAAAUUGAAUCAGUAGCCAUUACUUUAUACGAUAAUAUAAAACUUUCAUCUACAUAUGAUAAUAUCACCGAAAAGUAUACUAUCACUAGUUCAAAAAUUUUCAAAAACAAUAGACUUAUACAAAUUAGCUUUGAAUAUAAUGGAAUUUUAUCUGAUAAAAUGGUUGGAUUUUAUAGAAGUUCUUAUUUCGAUGAAAACGGACAAAUAAAAUGGCUGGCUGCUUCAAAGUUUCAAAAAAUAUAUGCGAGACAAGCUUUUCCAUGUUUCGACGAGCCAAGCUUUAAAGCUAAAUUUACUCUUCAUGUAGCAAGAGAUGAAAAUUACAUCUCUCUUAGUAACAUGCCAUUAGCAAAGUCUGAAAAAACGGCUCCGGACGGCAAGAUUUGGGAUACUUUUGAAGAAACCGUUCCGAUGUCUCCUUACUUAGUGGCUUUUGUCAUUUCGGACUUUAAGUCUCUCAAGCUAAAUAAUUUUAGAGUAUGGUCCAAACCUUCCACCGUCAAUCAGGCCAAAUAUGCUUUGGAUAUCGGCACUGCAGCCCUCGAGCUCUUCACCGAUAUGUUCCAGCAAAGAUAUGUGCUUCCUAAAAUGGACAUGAUAGCCAUACCCGAUUUCGUAGCGGGAGCUAUGGAAAAUUGGGGAUUGGUGACAUAUCGGGAGACUCAAAUGCUGUACGACGAAAAGGAAUCGUCGGCGUUGGCACAACAGAGAGUAGCUUCCGUAGUUGUUCACGAGCUUGCGCAUAUGUGGUUUGGAAAUUUGAUAACACCCGAAUGGUGGAGUUAUCUUUGGCUCAGCGAAGCGUUUGCUAGAUACUUUCAGUACUUUGGUACUGCGGAGCUCGAAAAAUCGUGGCACAUGAAGGAGCAAUUUGUAGUAGAUCAAUUUCAAUCUGCAUUAAUAACAGAUGGUCUUGAAUCUUCUCUUCCGAUGACUCGAAAUGCUUCUACUAAAUCGCAAAUUUUAGAGACAGGAGGCACCAUUAUUUAUGCGAAAGGAGCCAGUAUUGUUCGUAUGAUGAGCCUCAUUUUUGGAAGCAAUGUUUUCAAAACUGCACUACAAGACUACAUAUCGAACAACAAAGAGAAAGGUUUGGGUCAUCCAGAUACUCUAUGGAAUGCAAUAAAAGGUCAAUUAGAAACCCAACGCUCAUCAAACAUUCCUGUAAAAGCAAUAAUGGAUACUUGGACUACACAAUCCGGAUACCCUGUUGUGUCAGUUAACAUUAAUGACGACGGUGUAGUAAAUCUUAGUCAAGAACGCUUUUUCUUAAGGAACUUAAAUAACACUUCGACGAAUGUCACUUGGUACGUCCCACUCACAUUUGCAACACAGAGUAAUCCAGAUUUCAGUAAUACAGUUCCAAAAUAUUGGUUUAAUACCGAAAAAACCACUGCACAAUUCAAAAUUAAUCCGGAAUGGGCCAUAUUCAAUCUUCAAUCAUCAGGCUUCUAUCGUGUAAAUUACGAUGAUCGUGGAUGGCAACGUAUUUUCGAUUUCUUAAAAAGUGACAAAUUCGAUGAAAUUCAUGUAUUAAACAGAGCUGCCAUUAUAGACGAUCUAUUAAGUUUGGGUAGAGCGGGAUAUCAGAACAACGAUUUGGUUUUGGAUAGAUUGUUAUAUCUUAAAAGGGAAACGAAUUAUUUACCAUUUAAAGCAGCACUUAAUGGCUUGGGAUACUUUAAUAAGCGAUUUGCAGGAUCCGCGGAACAUAACUUAUUCAAGAGGUAUGUUCUAUCUCUCAUCGAUAAUAUACGUAGCAAGCUAGGAUACGAGGAUCACGAAAAUGAUGACAGAUUAACAGUUUUAUUGCGACAAGAGGUGAACAAAUGGGCCUGUAAUUUCAACGACGAUGAUUGCGUAGCGAUUUACAUCAAGAAAUUUAGUCAAUGGAGAGCAAAUCCUACUGACCGCAUCAAAGUGAACGAGAGAACUGCAGCAUAUUGUGUAGCUAUAAGGUAUGGAAGCUCUUCUGAAGAUUGGGAAUUUUUAUGGAAUGAAUACUUUAAUUCCAAUUAUGUGGCGGAUCAAAUGGUGAUUUUAAAUGCUUUGGGAUGCAGUCAGAAUACCACCAUCUUAGAAAAGUAUCUGAAAUACGCCAUAACUAGGUAUGAAAUCAGCCGAAUUCGUAAUCAGGAUAGCAAGAGCGUGUUUGCAGCCGUUUAUAACUCUGGCUUGCUUGGCGCCGAAUUUGUUCUUGAUUUUGUUGAUAAAUAUUACAAGGAAAUUGAGAAAUAUUUUGGAGAACAGAGCGCAAUAGCUACAAUUCUUAAGGGAGUGUCGCAACAUCUUUCUUCACCAGAAUUAAUAAACAAAUUUGAAGAAUUUAUAAACAAUCAUAAGCAGAACCUUGCAUCUAUUCAGAAAUCUUUGAAAUCUUCUUUAAGAGUCGCUAAGUACGAAUUGGAAUGGUAUAAGAUCAAUUCGCCAUCUAUGAUUCGAUGGUUACAGAAAUACAACAGGAUUGCCUAUUAA